AGGAUUGUAAACAAUUAAUUGCCAGUUGGUCUGUUUAUGAUAACAAUGUCAUAAACAAGUUUGCUCUUGAAGAUAUAAUUCUGAAUAAUCUGUAUUCAGAAAUAAGAGGUCAGUCGAUUAGUUGAAACGAAAGAUUACAGUAACUAUCCAGACAGAUAUUGGUUGUAAAAAUGAACCAACUGAUAUUUUCUACAAUAUUUUGUUGCAUAGCUUAUGCAUCAUGUAAAACUGUUAAUUAUCCAUCACAAGAAAAGGUCAAUAUAUUUUCUGAUGAUUUUAUAAAUGAAAUUAACAAUGCUCAAAGUACUUGGAAAGCUGGAAAAAAUUUCCAUGAGAAUGUACAAAUGUCUUAUAUUAAGAAAUUGAUGGGGGUGUUGCCAAGUCACAAGCAAUAUUUACCAGAAAAAAUUGAGUUCACUGAUGAACCAAUCGAUCUUCCUACUGAUUUUGAUGCAAGAACUAAUUGGCCUGAUUGCCCAACCAUACAGGAAAUCAGGGAUCAAGGCUCAUGUGGAUCAUGUUGGGCAUUUGGUGCAGUAGAAUCUAUGUCUGACAGAACCUGCAUUCACUCCAAAGGAAAAGUGCAUGUUCACCUUUCUGCUGAUGAUCUAGUUUCAUGCUGUUUCACAUGUGGAAUGGGAUGUAAUGGAGGAUUUCCUGGAGCAGCUUGGCAUUAUUGGGUUAGAAAGGGAAUAGUAUCUGGGGGAACUUUCGGUUCUAACCAGGGUUGUAGACCUUAUGAAAUAGCACCUUGUGAACACCAUGUAAAUGGUACCCGACCACCUUGUAAUGGUGAUGGUAAAACACCUAAAUGCGUAAAGAAAUGUGAAAAAGGCUAUCCAUUUGUUUACAACAAAGAUAAGCACUUUGGAAAGACAGCAUACUCUCUAAGUAGCAACUCAGAUGAUAUUCGUAAAGAAAUUUAUACAAAUGGACCUGUAGAGGGAGCUUUCACAGUAUAUGAAGAUUUGUUGAUGUACAAAAGUGGUGUCUAUCAACACGUCAAGGGAUCAGUUUUGGGUGGCCAUGCAAUUAGAAUUCUCGGAUGGGGUGUUGAAAAAGGAACUCCUUACUGGUUGAUUGCAAACUCAUGGAACUCAGAUUGGGGUGAUAAUGGUACCUUCAAAAUUCUCCGAGGCUCCAAUGAAUGUGGUAUUGAAGAUAGCAUUGUGGCAGGAUUACCAAAUGUUUAAAUUGAUAUUACUCUUUAUUUCCUAUCUUACUCUUUAUUAUCUAUAUGAACAGAAAUUUUUUACAUUAAUUUUGGAGAUUUUUAUAUUUUAUUAGAAUUAUUAUUGAGUUUAUAUUAGUGGAGAAUUGUGAUCUGUAAAUUGUGAUGUUUAGAUUUGAUGAAUUUGAAAUAAAUUCUGAAAUAUUUUA